AAAUGAAGAAUAUGUCUGACUGAAAAAAGAAAAGGAUUGGAUCAAUAGAGAUCAAGAAAGUAUGAGGAAAGAGAGGGGAGAAAAGUUGAGUAACAGAACUUCCAUGUAAAUAGAAAGAUAUGGGAGAGAAAAAGGAGAACAUGUGACAGAAGAGAGGAAACAGGAGAGCGAGUGGAACGGGAGAUGAAAAGAUAGUCUUGACUUAUUUCCUUUUGUAGUCCUAAACACUGUUACAAGUAAUCAAUUUUUAGCUAAACUCUGAGCAACUCAUACGCGCUUGCUUGGCAUACAUUGCUUAAAAUUUUCAAAUGGAUUUACAAAUCAAGCAUGCAGUAGUAGUGAAGGUUAUUGGCAUAACAUGCUCUCGUGGCCAAGUCACUCAGCUGCAGAAUUGGGCACUAAAAAGGUGUCCCAGGAUCUGUGUAAAGUGUUCAUUUCCAAAUGCUGAGAAAUCCAAAUCUCAGAGACUAAGGACAUCAUGUGCUCUUGCAACUAAGUCGGAAAGGAAGAUUCAUUCACUAAUGAGUCAUGCCGAUGCACCUCACUCUUUUUCUGCAUUUAGAACCUGGACACCUUUUGGAUGUGAGCUUUACAACACCAGAAUGCCCAUGAACUUCUCCAAUUAUGGGUUAAUUGGUGGACUGUGUUCAACUUACUAUGGUAGUAUUACCAGAUCAUUUUCCCAGAUCCCAAGAGCUGGUACCCGAAAUCAUAUUGUUUGGACGGAAGGUGAGGGCAAUGAGAGGAACUAUUCUUUUAAUAAGCGGCGAAAGUGGCCAAAGGCAUAUGCUGCUCAAAAUGAAAUGGAGGAAUUGGCCAACAGAAGUUCUGAAGGCAAGGCAGCUGGAGCAGGGGAUGUCAAUAUGUCCUCUUUGAAUGGAAAGAAUCUUGAGGAUAAUGAGAAUUCCUUAGUCAGCAGAAGUACACAAACCAAAGAAGGCAAAAAGAAAGUGAAGCAGCAAUCUGGAAGCAAGAAAAAACAGAAUCAAUCAUCCAGUUCUAUAGCACCUAGUGAGGCAUUAGACAUGCCAAAUAGCUCUGGAAAACUUUCUCUAGCAAAGGAGAGCAAGAAUAACAGAAGUAAAAAAUCUCCUGCAUCGUCAGAGAUUAAUUCAAAUUCAAGUACUCUAACAGAAGUCGUUGAUAGCAAUAUUUCAACAAAGAAUGUCCAAAAGAAGACGACAAGGAGCUCAACUAAAAAGGGAAAAUCUAAUACAAAAGCCUGUUCUCCUCUGAAAUCUAAUGAGGAAGAUACACUACAAUCGGAUGGCAAGGUAUCACCAGAGCAAAAUUUGCAAUUGGUCAAUAAAACCAAGUCUCAAGGUCAGAAGUCUUGGCGUCAGUUUUACCCGCCUACAUCUAAAUCUGUCGUGGUGGUGGAGUCCGUCACAAAGGCAAAAGUCAUUCAAGGAUACCUUGGUGAAAUGUUUGAGGUCCUACCCAGUUAUGGCCAUGUCAGAGAUUUAGCUGCAAGAUCAGGAUCGGUGAGACCUGAUGAUGACUUCAGUAUGGUGUGGGAAGUCCCAUCUGCUGCGUGGUCUCAUCUUAAGAGUAUUAAGGUUGCAUUGAGUGGCGCAGAAAAUCUUAUUCUUGCCUCAGACCCUGAUCGCGAAGGAGAGGCUAUUGCUUGGCACAUCAUUGAGAUGUUGAAGCAACAGGAUGCUUUGCGUGAAGAUGUCACUGUUGCAAGAGUCGUUUUUAAUGAGAUAACUGAAUCCUCUAUUAAAAGUGCCCUCCAAGCUCCACGAGAGAUUGAUGCAGAUUUGGUGCAUGCUUAUCUUGCACGGCGUGCUCUUGAUUACUUAAUUGGAUUCAAUGUUUCUCCUUUACUAUGGAGGAAAUUACCUGGUUGCCAGUCUGCUGGACGUGUCCAGUCUGCUGCAUUAGCUCUUAUAUGUGAUAGGGAAAAGGAAAUUGAUGAAUUCAAAGCGCAGGAGUAUUGGACAAUUGAUGUUCUGUUCCAGAAGAAAGAUCAGAAUUCAGCCAAUAACAUUUCUCUCUCGUCGCAUUUGACCCAUUUUGAUUCCAAAAGACUGCAUCAGUUGUCAAUUAGCUCUAAUGUGGAGGCAAAAGAUAUUGAAGAAAAGAUCAAUCUGUCCAAGUUUCAAGUCAUUAGCUCUAAAACUAGCAAAUCUCGGAGAAAUCCUCCCACGCCUUAUAUAACAUCAACACUUCAGCAAGAUGCUGCAAAUAAAUUGAACUUUGCCGCAUCAUAUACAAUGAAAGUUGCACAGAAGCUAUAUGAGGGAGUCCAAUUAUCGGAUGGCAAGGCUACAGGACUGAUAACUUAUAUGAGAACUGAUGGAUUACACUUAUCAGAUGAAGCAGCAAAGGAUAUCCAAUCCUUCGUCAUGGAAAAGUAUGGACUGAAUUUUGCAGCAAAGAGCACACGCAAGUAUUUUAAAAAGGUGAAAAAUGCUCAGGAGGCCCAUGAAGCUAUCAGACCCACUGAUAUACGCAGACUACCAUCGAUGCUUGUUGGGGUGCUCGAUGAAGACUCCUUGAAGUUAUAUACUCUUAUAUGGUCUCGUACAAUGGCAUGUCAAAUGGAACCUGCCAUCAUUGAGCAGAUACAAUGUGAUAUUGGUAAUGCUAAUCAGUCCAUUAUGUUCCGCUCGACGUGCUCGAAGGUGGACUUUCUAGGUUUCCAGGCUGUUUAUGAGGAUGCUGAAACCUUCAGAAUCAGAAGUAAUGAGGAUGACGAGCAUCAGCGAAGGGAAGUAUUUGAGAUUUUGAGCAAUUUGAAAGGUGGCGAUCCAUUAUUCUUGACUAAAGUUGAACCUGGUCAACACUAUACACAGCCUCCACCUCGCUACUCUGAGGGGUCGUUAGUAAAAAAUCUGGAGGAACUUGGCAUAGGAAGACCUUCUACGUACGCAACCACUAUUAAGGUGCUGAAAGAUAGAAAUUACAUAACAACACAAAACAGAACACUAUAUCCAGAAUUUCGUGGUCGCAUGGUGUCAGCAUUUCUCUCUAGUUAUUUCAAUGAGGUGACAGACUAUAGUUUCACUGCUGAUAUGGAGACUGAACUCGAUAAUGUUUCUGCUGGCAUUACUGAAUGGAAAGGCCUUCUAAAAGAUUACUGGACUAGAUUUAGUAAGUAUUGUGAGUGUGCUAGCAAGCUCCACAUACAUCAGGUGGAGAAGAUGUUGGAGAAAACAUUUGGUGGUUUUAUAUUUUCUUCUCUUCCUGAUGGAAAUAGAACUUGCCCCAGUUGUCUGGCGGGAAAAUUGGUCUUCAAAGUUAGCAGGUUUGGUGCAGGAUACUUUAUUGGAUGUGAUCAACACCCAAAGUGCAAGUAUAUUGCUAGAACUCUUUACGGUGAAGAUGAUGAAGAAGUCGAUCCUGAACACCAAAAGAACAAUGUGCAGGAGCCAAAGUUGCUUGGUCUAAAUCCAGGGUCAAAUGAAAAGGUUCUUUUAAAGAGCGGCCCAUAUGGAUACUAUGUGCAGCUUGGUGAAGACAGAAAGGGGCACUUACCUAAGAGAGCCUCAGUUUCUCAAAUAAAGAAUGUAGACUCAAUCACAUUGGAACAAGCCCUUGACUUACUGCAGUAUCCAGUGACCUUGGGAAACCACCCAGAUGAUGGCCAACCAGUGAUUUUAAAGCUUGCGAAGGUCGGAUUUUCCGUUAGACACAGGCGCACAAUCGCAUCUGUACCCAAGAAUAUGAAACCUAACGAGGUCACCUUAGAGAAAGCUUUGCAACUACUACAGAGUAAAGAUGUGAGGAGGUGUGGUCGACCGAAGCGCAAAGUUGUGGUUGAAGAGGCUGUUAAGGCUAUGUAAGCAUGCCUGUGAUAUGAAUCCAAGCUAUUGUUGUUUCUAUUAUAGAAAUAUUUUUAAAAAAAUUAUAGAAAGUCAUUUACACCCUUUAACUUAUGUCUAUGUCUUCCCUUUUUUUCUUUUUUUCCCAAUAAUUGUUUGCUCCUUUUCCUUAUUUAUAUUCCAUGAGAGAGGCUGUUUUCAAUUGAUAGAUAAAGAUUUUUGUCAACAAUUCUUUCAUCUGUACCAGGCAAUUUGCAGUUGAUUCUGAA